GGACGCGCAGGCCUGUCCCGCUGACCACAGGGGCCGCCUCGACCACAGCGCCGCACCGGGCGGGAGCCUGCAGAGAUGGGGUGCGCGAGCAGUGCGCCGCUGAUGGCGGGGCAGAACGGCGAGGCUGCGGGCGUGCUGGACCAGGCCAAGGAGGGGGUCGCCGGCGCGCUGGCAGAACAGGCAGCAGCGGCAAAGGACAAAGUUGGUGAGGCUGCAUCUGCAGCAAAGGAGAAAGUAGCAGAAGCUGCAACUGCUGCACAGGAGAAAGCAGGGGAAGCUGUGGCCGUGGCGCAGGAGAAAGCAGGGGAAGCGGUAACCGCAGCGCAGGAGAAAGCGCAGGAGGUGGCUGCCGCAGCGCAGGAGAAGAUCGGCUCAGCAGUGCAGGCAGCGAGGGAGAAGAUUGGCUCGGCCGCGGAGACAGCCGGUGAGCAGGUGACGGGCGCCGUGGAGCAGGCGGAGAAGAAGCUAGAGGACCUCCUCCCUGGUGAGAAGACACCUGAUGCUGAAGCAGGGGAGCCGGCGGAGGAGAUGGUCACCGAAGAAGCUACGGAGGUGGUGGUGGUGGAGGAAGUGACGGAGGCAACUGAAAAGGCACCGAAAGAGGAAGAAACAAGUGAACAAGUGGCUAACGAAACAACCGAGGGGACUGUUCCGGACACGGAAGCGGAAACCCAGGAGUCUCGACCAGACGAUGCAGCUGCAGAGAGUGUGGCAGUAGUGGAUGAACCAGAGGAGACAGCGGUAGAGAGUGACGCAGUGACCGAAGAAGUAAAGAGCGACACAGAAAAAGAAAAUAACGCUGGAGAAAGUCCAGCAGCAGAUGAUGGCAAAACCAGCCCGAGUGCAUGACUUGUAUUUUCUGUUAAGUGGUCGGUUUUUAAUGGAGUGGAUCAGACUGUAUUUUUCUACAAGUGAAGAAGUGAUGUUUAUUAAAUUAUGUACAAAGCUGUGAUGACAUUUUGGGGAUUGAGCCCAGCACAUUUUCAAAAAAAACUGCAAAGCACCAUUUUUAAUAUCAUGAGCUGUAAGCCAAAAAGUGUAACAUUUUGACAUUUGUAACAAAAUAUUGGUAUUUUGGCUCCUUUGUUAUAUUUCUGCCUACUUUGUUUGUUGUUAUCUAUUUAUCAGUUGAGUCAUGGUCAAAAUGCCUAAACAAUUAAAAUUUCUGAAUGCCAAGAUAAUUAUAACAAAUGAUUACAAUUUUUUAAUAAAUAUUUGAAUAAAUCACUGUAAAUAUGUUGAGAAUAAAAUAAUAAUGCACCACACAUUUAUAAUCAACAAUA